AUGACAGACACCCGAAAAGCCUCGUUGUUCCAUCGCUGGCGACAGAAUGACAGCAUGCCUGGUUUAGAGGGGAUCUCGGAGGAGGAGUUGUCCGAGUAUCGAGAAGCUUUCAGACUCUUUGAUAAGGAUGGGAACGGCUCGAUCUCCUCGAAAGAAUUGGGUGUCGCAAUGCGCUCACUUGGGCAAAACCCGACCGAGCAAGAGUUGUUGGACAUGGUGAAUGAGGUGGAUAUCGAUGGAUCGGGCACAAUCGAUUUCCCCGAGUUUUGUCAAAUGAUGAAGAGGAUGAGCAAAGAAAACGACUCCGAGAUGAUCCGUGAGGCAUUUCGAGUGUUCGAUCGUGACGGAAAUGGAUACAUCACUGCCGACGAGUUUCGCUAUUUUAUGACACACAUGGGAGAGCAAUUCUCCGAUCAAGAAGUCGAUGAAAUCAUCGCCGAAGUUGAUAUUGAUGGUGAUGGACAGAUCGACUACGAGGAAUUCGUAAAGAUGAUGACAAUGCCU